CCAAGGCCACAUGACGUCACGGCGGCAGAGGGCGCAGGCGGCUCGGCUAUCCCGGCCGGUCGACUGUUGGGCCGUUCCGCUCGGCCCUCGGCCCUGGCCCUGGCCCUGGCCCCGCGAUGGGAGCUGCUCCCUGGGGGCUGAGCUUGUCAGCAUCCUUGACCUGCAGUCGCUCCUGAAGUCAGAAAAGAGCCCCUGCCCACCCAACACCCCCCUUGCCCCGCUUUGGGGUCGCCUCGGUGUAUCUGGUCCUCUGCGCUAGCGGCCACCUAGUCCAAAAAGAAACAAAGGAGCAGAGAGGACGAUGAUACUGGCGUCCGUGCUGGGGAGUGGUCCCCGGAGCGGACCUCCACUCCGGCCCUUACUGGGGCCUGCACUCUCGCUCCGGGCCCGCUCCACAUCAGCCACCGAUACGCACCACGUGGAGAUGGCGCGGGAGCGCUCCAAGACUGUCACCUCCUUUUACAACCAGUCGGCCAUCGAUGUGGCAGCGGAGAAGCCCUCAGUCCGCCUCACUCCGACCAUGAUGCUGUAUUCAGGCCGCUCUCAGGAUGGCAGCCACCUUCUGAAAAGUGCCCGGUACUUGCAGCAAGAGUUGCCAGUGAGGAUCGCUCACCGCAUCAAGGGCUUCCGUAGCCUUCCUUUUAUCAUUGGCUGCAACCCUACCAUACUGCACGUGCACGAGCUGUACAUCCGUGCCUUCCAGAAGCUGACAGACUUCCCUCCGAUCAAGGACCAGGCGGACGAGGCCCAGUACUGCCAGCUGGUGCGACAGCUGCUGGACGACCACAAGGAUGUGGUGACCCUCUUAGCUGAGGGCCUGCGCGAGAGCCGGAAGCACAUAGAGGAUGAGAAGCUUGUCCGCUACUUCUUGGACAAGACACUGACUUCGAGGCUUGGGAUCCGCAUGUUGGCCACACAUCAUCUGGCGCUGCAUGAGGACAAGCCCGACUUUGUUGGCAUCAUCUGCACUCGCUUAUCGCCAAAGAAGAUUAUUGAAAAGUGGGUGGACUUUGCCAGACGCCUAUGUGAGCACAAGUAUGGCAAUGCCCCCCGCGUCCGCAUCAACGGACAUGUGGCCGCCCGUUUCCCCUUCAUCCCUAUGCCGCUGGACUACAUCCUGCCUGAGCUCCUCAAGAAUGCCAUGAGAGCCACGAUGGAGAGUCACCUAGACACUCCUUACAAUGUCCCAGAUGUGGUCAUCACCAUCGCCAACAAUGAUAUCGAUCUCGUCAUCAGGAUUUCAGACCGGGGCGGGGGAAUCGCUCACAAAGAUCUGGAUCGGGUUAUGGACUACCACUUCACUACAGCUGAAGCCAGCACCCAGGACCCCCGGAUCAGCCCCCUUUUUGGCCACCUGGACAUGCACAGUGGCGGCCAGUCCGGGCCCAUGCAUGGCUUUGGCUUCGGGCUACCCACCUCACGGGCCUACGCGGAGUACCUCGGUGGUUCCCUUCGGCUGCAGUCCCUGCAGGGCAUUGGCACAGAUGUCUACUUGAGGCUCCGGCACAUCGACGGUCGAGAGGAAAGCUUCCGCAUCUGACCCCAUAUCCCUUGGCCUACUUGCCUGCCUAGCCUGGGCCCUCCACCCUGCCAGGACCUUCUGGGUGAGGCAGGGUGCCACCCUGCUCCACAUGCUGCUGCAUCUUGGGUCUUAGGGCCCCAAACAGAUGGAAUUACAUGGAGCCCGGUGCCACCCCUCCUCUACAGAGGCCCACUGCUUCCCUGCCUCCAGGCCUUGGAGGAGAGGAAGUGGGGACCCUUGAGACCUCCAACACCAGCUCCGUUAUUCUCGUUUCUGGGGAACCCCUACCUUGACCUGCUGUUUGUUAUUAAAGUUCACAUUUUGAAUGCCCUCUUGGGCCCCGUGUGUGGGGAGGGCAGGUGGGCUUUUGUUUCCACCCUGUUCUGGUUCCCUGGGCCCUUGGGUUUAAGUAGCUCGUGUCCCAGUCUCGAACUGUCCAGACAGCCUGUCAGGCCAGGUAUAGAAUUGCCCCCAAAUCUCUUUUCAUUUAGCAAAUGCUAAAUUUCAUGUAACAGAUGUUUCUGGGUCCCAGGCGAUAUCGAAGGCCCAAGUUGGCCCAGCUUCAGGCCUCAGUUCUGACACUUCCCUUAUUGAGUCACAGGUUCUGGAGGUGAAGGUUACCAGACUGGGCAACCUCCUGAGCCACCUGAUUCCUGAGCCUGAGUGAGGUUAAAAAUACUGCCUGCCA